AUUUUCAUCGUCAUCCCAACCCUAUGUGUCAAAGUGGCAUCACGGAAAUUGACAUUUGAUUCGGAGUUUGCGUUUGACCGUCGAAAACCAAAAUCAAAUCAUUCAUUUUCGGGUUCUCGGGAAAGCCAAUCGCGUAAUUGGAAUCGUUCCAACAUUUGUUUACGUUUGCUGCGAUUAUUCAGCACUUCGGCUUAGCCGGGUAUUCCUUUGUUCUCGCCUGUGUUUUACUUUCGUGUACUCCAGUGAUUCUUUACACAAAUAUACGUUUUGGUUGAUAAUAAUGGGCUCUCUUCAAGCUGAAAGCGAGGAGAAGCAAGAGAUGGACGACAGCGGCUGCAUACAGGACGAAACGCCACCUUCGAAGCGUUACCCCAACGGGGUCCAGGGGGUCCAACUGCUGGACCUUUCAGAUGACGUCUUACUGAUGAUACUGCGGUACCUCACGCCGAGAGACCUCAAGGCACUUGGAUACACCUGCCCCCGUCUAGGCGCGCUCAUACUGGACCGCUCUCUCUGGCAAACCGUAGACGGGCGCGGGCAGCCGUGGGGCCGUGCGCGUCUCCGCUGGUACUUGGCACGCGCGCUGCACGCCGGCACGCGCGAGUUGCUGGUCAGCGGCUAUGCGAGGGAGGCGAGAGAAUGCCUCGGCCACGUCAACCAGACAAGAGAGGAGAUAGAGGCAGCGAAAGAGAGGGGAGAUAAGGACAACGGGAAGACAGAGGACAACAAUAAUCAGACCGAUGAGCGGAGGGAUAGAUUUGCAGCCCAGCGGGUCAUAGAGGUCCCGGCGUUAGGUCCCAACGCGCAGCUCUACAUAGACGACCCAAGAUCAGAGUCGCCAGAAGCGUUCGCCUGGCCGCGUCCAUCCGACCCCAUAAUCUCGGAUAGCACGUGCCCAGGGCCCCAGUUCACUCUGACGCCAUCUUCGCUCCGGCAGCUGACCGACACGUGCCCGACGCUCACAUCCCUCGCGCUGGAGUACUGCAACAUCAACUGUAACUGUACCAGCAUCAGCAUGUUUCCACCCACCCUCAAGAAGCUGUCGCUCCGCGGCUCAAAAUGUUACAACCUGCCCCUGGAUCGCUCGUUCUUGUUUAAAAUACAGGACUCGCUGCCUGAUUUAGAAUCGCUGGACGUUAGCGAAUGCGAAUGGAUGGAGCCAGCCACACUCCUCCCCCUGAGCAAGCUUCCUAUACUGAAACACCUGUACGCUCGGGAUUGCCUGCGGCUGACCGAGUUCGUGGCAUACGCCUCCCUAGCUACAAGAUACGGGUUCACUAAACUACAGUCGCUAGACCUCCGCGGCUCCCCAGUGGGUGACUCCGAGGUAUCAGCUUUGGGCUGGCUCGCCAGCCUCAGCCACCUGUGGCUGUCCCCCGCGUUGGCCGCCCCUCCCCCCCCACAACACUCGCACCACAAGCGGGACUGCCUUCCCGCCGUCACCACCAGCCCCCAAGACCAGUGGGAGGAGCAGGAACCAGAGUACUUCAAGAUAAAAGAGCCAGACUAUGACGACACGAAUACUCCUGAAAAGUGUUCGGACGAGAACAAUCAUACUUGGCACGCCAAACUUAAUGGCACUUCUUCGGAUUUCAGCAGCUCAUUACCGACAGUCCUUAGCUCUCCAACGAUGAUCAUCAACGCAUCACCACUUCGCCCAGGAUCAUCUCCAAGGUCCAACCCUCCAAGACCCUCAACAGGAUCAAGACCUGGGACCUCCAAUGACAGUCCAACGAUAAUCAACGCAUCACCAAUGCGUACAAAUGAUAGUCCAAGGGCCUCAAACUCAUCGAGUCCAACUAUGAUUAUACAUGCUUCACCGACACGACCAGGCUCUUCCAAUCUGCGAUCAACAAUAUCAUGUCUAUCUAUGUCCCCUAAUAUAUCAAUAACUCCUCGACCAAACCUUAGUCCACCAAAAACGUGUUGUAAUAUAAUUACUCCCUCUAGCGUACUAAAAUCAAGAUCAAAUUCGAAUCCUGGACCAUCGAAAGCACAGAAACGCAAGACAAGCUCCCCAAGUCCAGGGCCUUCGAAACGGAAACGUGAUGAUGAUGAUGAUAGCUCAAGUUCUGAUGAUGAUGACGUUCCAUUGAAGUGUCUCAUCAAGCCUAAUGUCAAUGAAGGGGCUAGUACUUCGAAGGAACCGGAAGAACAGAAGGAAGAUGACGCAGAAGAGGCAGAGGAGAACGGGCAAGAGGAUGAAGACGCCCAACCCCGUCACCACGUCCUGUAUGUAAACGUGGGUCAACGUCUCCACGCCGUAUACCGCCUGUCACUAGACAACGAGCACAUAGUGUCCUUCAACCGAAACUCCAACAACCACAACACAAGGAACUUAUUCCUAUCACCACCGGGCUCACAUUUAGACGCGUCAUCACUAGUUACUGACUCCGCUAUUAGGAGAUUUGGGAGAGCCGAUGGAGAGGAUAUUAAUUAUGUCCAUAUAGGCCCAAAUGGACCAUAUCCAGGUGCUCAAGUACCUGGUGCUAGACCUGAUAGGUCUUCUCUUACGCAUCUAAGCGUCACUGGAUUCAGGACUAUUACAGAUAGGAGUCUAGAUCACCUAGCGACGUCGGCGCCAUUGCUGCAGUUCCUAGAUUUGUCUGAAACGAAUGUAACUGAUGCUGGUGUAGCGGCUUUUAGAAGCUUGAGGCCUGAUUGUGAGGUUGUUUAUAGUAAGUAUGAGAAGAAAGAUUGAAUUAAGUAUAAGCUGGUUGUUUAUAGGCUACCGCGAGUGAAAUGAAUUGGUGCAGAUAUUCUUGUUAAUAAUGUCAGUUAAGCCAAAAAGAAUUAAGAAGACAUAGAGUGCUCACUUCAUACAUCGGUUUUGUUACCAUAAAGACUAUUAGUUACAUCUAGCGUCAAGUAGCGGAACUGUCGUGGAAAACGGAAAGUCUAAUGCUCAACGAUUUUCAGCUAAUAUUAUAACCGGAUUAACCGGAACUCUAUUCAGUUAUAGAUUGUUGAGUAACACACUUUUCGUCAGUGGCGACUCAUGUGACAUCUAGUAUCGAGUAGCAGUACUGAUAGUUCCGCUACUUGACGCUAAAUCUAGACAAAGAUAGAUAUAACUCCGUAAUAGAUGGAUACAGUCUAAGGAAAAAACGUGCCUCGAAAAUCAAGAAAAUUUGAUUCUCGUUCAGAGGGCGCUACUAGCUUUGGCCUACUGUCGUAUAGAUGGCGUUGACGGUUUCGUUUAUUAUUUAACAAUUUUAACGCAUAUCAGUGACAGAACAUGGGUCAAAAUCAUAAAAAUAAUUAAUGCAAAUAAAAAAAGCAUUUAUCCAUAUUUAAAUACAUUUUAACGUAUUUUUAUAAAUCUUCAUUUUUAGUUUUAAAGUAUGUCGGUAGAUGGCAGUGAAUUUACUGGGGUUACAAAAUUUACUAUGACAGUACAGUAUAAGUUACUCUAUGAUCUAGACUACAAAAAUAAUAAUCUUUUUGGUUACAAAACCGAUGUAUGGAGUGAGCACUCUUUUUUUAAUUAUCUUCGGUUAAGCCUCGCUCAAUCCUUGUAGACUCGAAAAUUGAAGGCUAAAACAAUAAUUAGAUUUUAGUCUUGAAGACGGCUAAGUGCUAACUAACAACAAUAUUACCUACUAUUAUUGUAAUGCACAAAGAAGAUCUCUAUUUAAAAACGAAAUAUGCAAAUUGCUAACCUACUAUGGAAUAAAAAUAUAUAUUUAAAAUGGAAAUGUAAUCAUAUGAGGUAUUUUAAUAUACAUCUGGAAACUGUGAGGUAACAUAAACGACACAAUUAACAGACUUUUAGUCAAAUAUAUUACAAUGUUCCGCACGUCUGCGUUCUGCCAAAGAUAGAUAUAACUCCGUAAUAGAUGGAUACAGUCUAAGGAAAAAACGUGCCUCGAAAAUCAAGAAAAUUUGAUUCUCGAUCAGAUGUCGCUACUACCUUUGGCCUAUUCUCGUAAAGAGGGCGUUGACGGUUUCGUUUGUUAUUUAUAAUUUUAACGCAUAUCAGUGAAAGAACAUGGGUCAAAAAUAAUUAAUGCAAAUAAAAAAAUCAUUUAUCCAUAUUUAAAUACAUUUUAACGUAUUUUUAUUAAUCUUCAUUUUUAGUUUUAAAGUAUGUCGAUAGAUGGCAGUGAAUUUACUGUGGUUACAAAAUUUACUAUGACAGUACCGCUCUAUCUAUUUAUAUCCUCUUUGGUUCUGCGUAUAUUAUUUGUACAUUUGAUGGUCGUUGUCGUUGGUUCAAAUUCUUAUUUUUCGUCGUACCCUCCAGCCGCGCGGCGAAUCAGACAGAACUGGGUAUAUUUGACGCGGCGAAUGAUGAUGAUCCCUAUGACAGUUCAUUUUUGUAUGGGGCAACUGUCAAUGUCAAAUGUUUCUAGACUUUUUUUGAUACUUUAACACAUUUUUUAUUUAGAAAUUUAACAAUUAAGUAAUAAAAAUAUGGUGAAAACCUACUCAAUUUUUUUUUUAAUUAGGUAUAUAGCUUUUAGCUAUUUGGAGGAACUGUCAUACGGAUCAUCAAGUAUAAGACAAAUGCAAUUUUGAGUUGUCAAACGAAAGAUUAAAAAUACAAUGGAAUGGAUGACCCUUUGAAGGUCUCUGGCAGACGACAAAAUAUCAUUUCCUUCACCCUGUUUUUGAAAGUAGUCGUGAUAGGGGGUUGUGAAGGAAAUCGAAUGAGACUGAAUGAAUUGGAUAAGUUCUUAUUCAC